AUGACAUUCAUCGACGAUGCCAUGAAGUACAAGGCUAUGAUCAAAUAUCUGUCCGGCAGAAUAACAGGCAAUCAAUGGUUACCGAGCGUGAGCGAGCGGGAACACAGCGCCUAUGGUGUUCUCCUACGCAGGGCACGCGGUGAAUACGUCUGCGAUCCGGAGCCUGUCAAUGCCUGGCUUCUUGCAGCAGUCCAGAAGAUUAACGUAGCCGUCGCGUUCACCAUGAGCACCCAGACAACAGAUGUUAUCUUCUCUACUAUUCAACCACAUCAGACCGAUCUGGCCUUACCUAACGGAUCGCAACUCCAGAUCGUGAACUCGUUGGCAGAGAUCGCCUCGUCUUCGUCUGGAAGCAUCCGAAAGUUCCAAUAUGCUGCGCUGGUGCGCGAGGAGAAGCUGCUGCUAGUAUGGCAUGACGAGCUAGAUAAGAUCCUGAACCAUGCUGCAAACAUUGAAGGAAAAUUGCUUGCAAUGAUCUGGGGCUCGACCGCAUCCCCGUUUUCGGCUCUUGGCACGCCUCUGAACAUGACUAAUCAACAUUCCGUUGUGAACUCGGAAGCAAACUCAACACACAACUUGCCCCUUGAUGAGAAGAAAGAGCCCGUUGAGGCGACCGAAGAAGUAUCCUCCAUCGAUGAAGAGGCCCAAAAUCCUGAGUCGCUGGGACGUCCCCUCGUCUUCGUUUCGAGUGUUAUGGUCGGUUUCUCAGUAUGCCUCCUAGUCGUGUUGAUGCUUGGCUUCGGGAGCGCGAAUCUUGUGCUCCAGUCACUGACCGAUGGAAACUUCAUACGCAUGGCUCUACUGGCUACUGUACCCAUCUUCAUGCUGUUCAGUAUGUUCUUCGCCAUCUGUCUGUUCACAGAUCUUUUCCAGCUCAUUGGGCCGAUCGGUGGGUUGAAGAAAAACACCAGGUUCUUCUCUGCUAUCAAGCCAGACCUCUCACGUGCAUAUGCCAGCGGCUUCAGGCCGCCACCAAUGACCAUCCAGAUGCCAGUAUACAAGGAGUCUCUUCAAGGUGUCAUCAUCCCAACUGUUACUAGUUUGAAGCAGGCCAUUUCUCACUACGAGUCUCACGGGGGCACCGCAUCCAUCUUCAUCAACGACGAUGGUCUCGCACAUCUUUCCGAGGACGAGGCCAGAGAGCGUGUUGAGUUCUAUCACGACAACAACAUCGGUUGGGUCUCCCGCCCAAAGCACAACGAUGACGGUUUUAUACGCAAGGGCAAAUUCAAGAAGGCUUCCAACAUGAACUUUGCCCUGAACAUUUCCAACAAGGUCGAGGACAAACUUGAUCAGAUGGUCAAUGAGCUGGAGAAGGAUGGCUAUCUUGACGACCGCGAGGAAGAGCGACUUUACAAGGCUGCCCUCAAACAGGUUCUCGAUGAAAACCCGAGAGCAAAGGCUGAUGGGAACAUUCGUGUUGGAGAGUUCAUCCUCAUCGUCGACUCUGAUACCCAAGUGCCUGCCGACUGUCUCCUAUAUGGUGCUGCGGAGAUGUAUCUUAGCCCAGAAGUCGCCAUCAUCCAACAUUCCACUGGUGUCAUGCAAGUCUCCUGGGACUACUUUGAGAAUGGUAUCACCUUCUUCACCAAUCUUAUCUACUCUGCUGUUAGUUUUGCUGUUGGAUCUGGCGAAACCGCCCCUUUCGUCGGCCACAACGCUUUCCUUCGCUGGCAAGCUGUACAGUCUGUUGGUCGCCACGAAGAAAAUGGGUAUAUCGCUUUCUGGUCCGAAUCGCACGUAUCAGAGGAUUUUGACAUCGCUCUUCGUCUCCAGAUCGCCGGCAAUAUCGUCCGCCUAGCCACCUACCACGACAACCAAUUCAAGGAGGGUGUCUCACUCACAAUCUACGACGAACUUGCACGAUGGGAAAAGUACGCAUACGGUUGCAACGAGCUCGUCUUCAACCCUGUCCACCAAUGGCUCUGGAAGUCUCCCUUCACCCCGCUCUUCCGCACAUUCCUAUGGUCCGACAUGCAGCUGAGCUCCAAGAUCACCAUACUCGGCUACAUCUCAUCCUACUACGCCCUCGCCUCCGGCUUCCCGCUCACCAUCCUCAACUACUUCCUUAUCGGCUGGUUCAACGGCCACCUCGACAAGUUCUACAUGGAGUCCUGGAAAGUCUUCCUCUCGCUCGUCAUCGUCUUCUCGCUCCUCGGCAACGUCGCCCUCGCCGUCCUGCGCUACCGCCUCGGCGAAAAGGCCCUCUUCCCCGCCCUGCUCGAGAACUUCAAGUGGAUGCCCAUGUUCGCCGUCUUCUUCGGCGGCCUGCCCUUCCAUCUCAACCUCGCCAUCCUCGCACAUAUGUUUAAGAUCGAUAUGCAGUGGGGCGCUACCGCUAAGGAGAAGGAAAACUCGAAUUUCUUCAAGGAGAUGCCCAAAAUCUUUAACAGCUUCAAGUGGCUGUAUGCCAUCUUGGUGCCGCUUGUCGGCGGUAUGAUCUACCUGGGCUGCUUCGCGCCCCGCGGCUGGGAAAUCAAUAGCAUUGCCGCGAUUGUGCCCAUGAGCAUUACGUUGGCGAGUCACGCGCUGAUGCCGCUGAUGCUGAAUCCGAGUUUGAUGGUCUUUAAUUACUAA